GAAGACAGCAUGUGCGUCUGUGAGCUGUGAGGAUGGAAAAGAGAGUGUGUGUGAUCCAGACUGACUUCCACCAGUAUAGACCCACCAUUGCUCUCCACAACAGACCCCUGGCACAUGAGCAGGAGAGUGCCCAGGUAUCUGAGCAUCGCUGUGCCCAACUGGAGAAGGCAAGGCGUGAGCUGGAGCAGCAGCUGGAGGAGGAGGAGGUCUGCUCAGCCCAGCUGGCCCUUCACAGAGACAGGCUGGAGGCCGAGUGCAGCAGCCUCAGACGAGACCUGGAAGAGCUGGAGAGCGCUCUGACUGUAGCUGAAGAGGAUAAACAGCUGUCGCACAGUGAGGUAAGGACGCUGUCAGAGCAGCUUUUUCAGAGGGACGAGGUGGUGCAGAAGCUGCAGAAGGAAAAGGAACAUCUGGUGGAGCUCAGCCAGCAGGCCAUUGAGGACCUGCAGAGUGAAGAGGAGAAAGUCAACCUGCUGACCAAAGAGAAAACCAAGUUGCAGAUGCACACUGAAGAUUUGGAGUACCAGCUGGAACAGGAGCGCCAUCAGCGUGCUGAGCUAGAGAAGAGCAGGAGGAGGCUGGAGGGGGACAGCAGAUCUUCGCAGGACAGUCUGGGAGAGAUGGAGAAGAUGAGGAAUGGUCUGGAAGACCUCAUUAAAAGGAAGGAGCUGGAGAUCAGCAGUACCAGCUCCAAACUAGAAGAAGAGGAGGCACUUAACUUUGGACUGCAGAGGAAGACCAAGGAGCUACAGGCUCGCAUCGAAGAGCUGGAGGAGGAGCUGGAAGCAGAGCGGACCAUGAGAGCCAAGGUGGAGAAGCAGAGAGCUGAUCUCACCAGAGAACUGGAUGAUCUCACAGAUCGCCUUGAAGAAGCAGGAGGAGUCACCGCCUCACAGAUGGAGGUGAACAAGAAGCGAGAUGCAGAGCUGCAGCGCCUGAGACGAGACUUGGAGGAGUCCUCUGCCCAGUCUGAAGCUCAGGCUGUGUCUCUGAGGAAGCGGCACAGCGACGCCGUCACAGAGCUCACAGAGCAGUGUGAAGCUCUGCAGAGGACCAGAGCCAAACUGGAUAAGGAGAAGCAGAACCUGAGGAUGGAGGUGGAUGACCUAGCUGCUUCACUGGACAGUUUACAGAAGGCCAAGGCAUCCUCUGACAGCCAGAUGAAGAAGCUGGAGGAGCAGCUGUCUGAGGCCAACAGGAGAGGAGACGACCUGCAGAGGACGCUCACUGAGAUCAGCGUGGCCAAGAACAGACUCACAGCUGAUAAUGCCGACGUGAGUCGACAGAUGGAGGAGGCAGAGACCAGAGUGAGCCAGCUGACCCGAUCCAAGACUCUCCUCCAGUCACAAGUGGAGGAGCUGAAGAAACAGCUUGAUGAGGAGGUCAAGUGUAAGCAGGGGGUCAGCAGCACUCUGAGCUCAGUGCGGCAGGACUGCGAGGUGCUGAGGGAGCAGCUGGAGGAGGAGCAGGAGAGCAAGCAGGAGAUGCAGCGCCUCGUCUCCAAACUCAACAGUGAGGUGACGCACUGGAGGACCAAACACGAGGCCGACACCAUCCAGCACGCAGACGAGCUAGAGGAGACCAAGAAGAAGCUGGCAAGCAGGCUUCAGGAGGCUGAGGAGGCCGUGGAGGCCACCCAGGCAAAAUGUUCCUCACUGGAGAAAACCAAGCAGAGGCUGCAGGGAGAGGUGGAAGAGCUCUGUAUGGACCUGGAGAAGGCCAGCAGCUGUGGGCAGGCUCUGGAUAAGAAGCAGAGGGUCCUGGAAAAGCAGCUUGGAGACUGGAAAGAGAAGUGUGAGGAGCUGGUGGCCGAGGUAGAGGGCUGCCAGAAGGAGAGCAGGCAACAUGCCAGCGAGCUCUUCAAACUCAAGACGGCUCAUGAAGAGACUCUGGAGCAGCUAGAAGCUCUGCGCAGGGAGAACAAGGCCUACCAGGAGGAGGUAGCAGACCUGACAGAGCAGCUGUUGAAGAAAGGACUGGAAGCCCAGAUCAAAGAGAUGAGCAGCAGACUGGAGGAAGCUGAGCAGAUGGCUCUGAAAGGAGGAAAGAAGAUCAUCCAGAAGCUGGAGGGAAAGGUGAAGGAGCUGGAGCUGGAGCUGGACUCUGAACAAAAGCGGCACGCUGAGACAGUGAAGACGCUGCGGAAGAACGAGCGUCGGCUGAAGGAACUGCUGUUCCAGUCGGAGGAGGACCAGAAGAACCAGCAGAGGAUGCAGGAGCUGGUGGAGAGGCUGCAAAACAAGAUGAAGGCCUACAAGAGACAAGUAGAGGAGGCCGAGGAACAAGCUAACAUGAACCUGGCAAAGUACAGGAAGACCGUGCACGAGCUGGAUGAUGCCGAAGAGAGGGCGGACAUUGCUGAAUCAGCGCUCACCAAGAUUAGGACCAAGAACAGAGGAAGCUUCGGCAAGGGAUACUCCUCCCAGUCAAGCAGUACUAAGCAGUAA